AUGUCAAAAAUAAUAUUCACACCAUGGAAAGAACAGUCGGAAUUACAAUCGGUGCGGGAUCACUUCUACCCUCCGCCGAUGUUCGAUGGCCCGGACAUGCGGUCUAGAGCCUGCGCUACGGUUGCGGCUUGGAAGUUGAGGGGCAAUUUGCCCCAUCCUGUGGAGGCUACGGCUUUGCUAACGGAUGCUAUUUUGCAUGACGAUGCGAAGAAAAACUCGAUAUUCUCGAUACGGGCGACGUAUUCGGCCGCGUUUUGUCGAUUCGUAACGGGUCUCGUAGACUCCAAACUCCAUGGCCAACGCAAGACUAUGUUCCAACGUGCUAUUGACCUAGGCUUGCCUGCCUCAUUCGUUGAGUUGCGACAUGAAGCAACUCAUCGUGAACUGCCGUCGUUGACGGUCCUCCGGAAUGCUGCCCAACGGUCUCUCGAAUGGCUCUGGGAUUACUACUGGGCCAAGAUUGAUCUGAACGCCGGCUUUGCACCAGACGGCGUCGACGAUGACAUCGAGCCUGUUAAAACUGCUGUCAGGGCUUGUCUGGCACAAGUGACGGGUGAGACGGGUGCGUCAGAACCGCCGCGGAAGAAGAGGAGAGUUCAAGUUUUGUCUGGUGUUGCGACGCAGUUGGUCUCGGUGUGUAAGAGCUCUGCGAACGGAGCUGCUGCUGUUUCGGGGGUUUUGGUGGAGGACGAGGUUUUGGUUUCUAGAGGGAGGAAGCUUGGAACAUCUUUGGAUGAUGAGUUUUCCAGGUGGGAUUAUUUCUUGCAGGUCAUCGUUGAGGGAUGUCCUGCUUUCUUGACGGCGCUCGUGGAGGCCCUGGUCGAUGUGCUGGCGUUUGCUAGAUCGGCUACGAAGGAGGAUGCUCAUUGUGAAGGAGUUUUCAUGUGGCUGGACCAUAUUCUAUGCUCGUCGCAGUGGGAGUCGAAGAGGCGUUUACUCUCGUUUGCCUAUGCUCUCUCUGCAUGUGAAUGGGUUUGUCCCCCGGGCCAGGCGAGGGAUGCACGAAUGGCGCCUGGUUUGCUGGACGACGCAACUGGCUUCGACGAUACCGCCGUAGAUAUCGAUGGCGUCACCGUCACCGAUAUGAACGACUGGACGCCAAGGCAAUCCGAGACCAUCGUGGAGUCCCGGCAGCUGACGAAAAAGCAGUUGUCUGAUAUGGCAUGGAAUGUGCGAAAACUGUCGAAAAAGCUGGAUAGCAUCAAGCUCAAGCUUUCUGUCAAAAAUGUCUUUGUGGUGACUAAAGCGGGCGAUGAUAGCGUGAUUGCUUUUACGAGAAAGGUCACGCAAUGGUUAUUAUCUAAAGACCGUGAUACGGAGUAUAAUGUCUACGUGGAGAGACGACUGGAGGCGGCUGCGGAUUUCGGUGCUUCUCAAUUGUUGGAGGAUGAACCUUCUGCAGCUGAUCGGCUCAAGUUCUGGGAUGUUAAGUUUGUCUACGAGAAUGCCUAUCUUUUUGACUUCGUCAUUACACUGGGUGGUGAUGGGACGGUUCUUUAUACGAGCUGGCUCUUCCAGCAAGUAGUACCGCCCGUCCUCUCUUUCUCAUUGGGAUCCUUGGGAUUCCUAACCAAGUUCGAUUUUAAUGACUACCAGAAGACGCUCGGGUCCGCUUUCAAAGACGGUGUUGUCGUUAGCUUGAGGUUACGGUUUGAAUGCACAAUCAUGAGGAGUAAUAGGCGGGAAGAUGGGCCAUUAGCGCAUUCGAAGAAACGAGAUCUGGUAGAAGAGCUGAUUGGCGAAGAAGUUGAAGGCACGUUAACACACAAGCCGGAAAAGGUUGUUCAAAUUCUGAAUGAUGUCGUUCUCGACCGGGGGCCGAAUCCCACAAUGUCCUCCAUUGAGUUGUUCGGCGACGAUGAGCAUUUCACCACUCUGCUUGCAGACGGUAUCUGUAUUGCUACACCCACAGGCUCAACGGCUUACAACCUAGCCGCUGGAGGAUCUUUAUGCCACCCUGACAACCCCGUUAUCCUGGUCACGGCGAUCUGCGCACAUACACUGUCUUUCCGACCGAUCAUACUGCCAGACACCAUCGUUCUAAGAAUGGGCGUACCCUAUGAUGCACGCACCACCUCGUGGGCAAGUUUCGAUGGUCGAGAAAGAGUUGAAUUGCACCCAGGUGACUACGUGACUGUUUCUGCCUCACGGUACCCGUUCGCAAAUGUGUUACCGCAAGACCGGCGCAACAAUGACUGGGUCCACAGUAUUUCAAAGACAUUAAACUGGAAUUCAAGGCAAAAGCAAAAGGCUCUCAAGUCAUGA